AAGCACUGUUGGAGGCGGCUGUCGGAGCUCCCUCGUCCUCUUCCUCUCCCGCCCGCCUCUUCUUCCUCCUCCUGUCCUCCUCUCUCCGAAGCCAUUUUUGGCUCAAGGCCCCUUAGAUCCCAGUCGAUCUUGCGCCAAGCCAUCGGAGCGUCAGCCGGGGAAGAUCUGUUCCAGCCCCGCGGCUAGGUUUGAAGAGAUGGCUCCGUCGCUGACCAGCAAGCGGAACAGAGGCUCCUGCCUCGCGGCCGCCCUCGCACUGGCCGCCGCGUGCAAGAUGCUGGAGGGCCCCCUCGGCUUCCUCCCCGCGGCCAGGGGGCCGGGCCUGCAAGCGCGCAGCAGGCCGCUGGCCGCCGCGCUCGGCCAGGCGCGCGGCGCCCGCCCGCUCGUUGCGAUGGCCGCGCGCGACGUCACCCCGUUCGCAGACAAGGUCGAGGAGUGGUUUGACGGGGAGGUCGUCAACAUUGCCCCGUAGGGCGCGUUCGUCAGGAUCACCCUGGACAGCGGCGAAGAGGGGCAGGGCCUGGUCCACGUGUCUCAGAUAGCAGACACCUUCGUGCAGAACAUCAACGACUUCGUCGAACCUGGUAAGGCGGUCAGGGUGAAGAUCAUCGGCUGUGACACCAAGACCAACAAGUUGAGCCUGAGCAUGAGAGACGGCGCCGGCGGCGCCCCCCGUGCGGAGAGGGAGCCCGUUGAUCUGACGCCCUUCGAGAGGAUCGGCGCGGCCACCUGGAUCAAGGGCACGGUCGCGAGCAUCGCCUCCUUCGGUGCUUUCGUGGAAGUCAAGGCCCCGGACAGCGACGCCACUGCGCGCGGCCUGGUGCACAUCACGCAGGUCAAGGACGGUUUCGUGGAAAGCAUGGAGGACGAGCUCGAGGUCGGGCAGGAGGUUCAGGUCCGUGUGGUCAGCGUGGACGCGGGGACGGGCAAGAUGGGACUGAGCAUGAAAUCCGAAGAUGCCGAGUGAGUGAGACCUCCACCGUCUCCUCCCCUCCUCCUUCUCCUCCUUUCCUUCUGACUCGCCCAUUAUUUUGCGGUGCUAGCUGGUCACCGCCAGUGAAUCGUCUAUGCGCCCACCGCUGUAUACCAGCUCCAGUUUAUUCACAGCGCGUAGUUAGAUAAUGUUUACAGCAUCGCAACUGUUCCCCAGUGAAUGUUGUUUCUCGAUUUUGUGGAGCAGCGCUCGCAUAAUCAGGCUCGCCAGGAAUGACUUCGAGCAAGGAGCAGAUCCCUCUCCCCCCCUCGGUCUCGGGGCCGACCCUCGAGUUCCCUAGGGCCGUGAGUCGUUCCCCUUUCGUCGUCGUCGUCGUCGUCCUUUCCCUACCCCUUGCUGGGCCCCGUCCUGAGUAAUGCGUUUCCGUGGCGGCCCUCGGGCCAGGACGCUCGCUUUGGGGGGUGCCCCGAGAGGCCCCUUCGCCCCUUGCGUUACAGGCCACCUGUGUUUUUUUCCUCCGAGCCUGACGUAGUUUUGGUCGUCCUGACAAGACAAGAGGUUCUGUGGAGUUCCGUUCCAUUCUCCUUGUCUUCCUCCUCCCUUAUUCUCCAGUCGUCGUCGUCCUCC